GUAUAACCCCAACUACAACAAAAGUAGCUGCUGUGAGUAACUUCUCCAGACCCAAGAACCUUCGUGCAUUAAGAGGGUUUCUAGAUUUGGCUGGCUUCUAUCGUUGCUUCAUUAGAGAUUUCUCAGGUAUAGCUACGCCCCUCUACAAACUAUUGAAUACAGGAGAAAAUUUUACCUGGAAGGAGCAGCAACAAGAAGUAUGCAUCGCACUUGCUCUUGGUGCUGUUUUAUCUCAGCCUGGCAAUAACGGGCUUGAAGGUGUUGUGGAGUACGCCAGUCAAUCAACAAAGCCUGCUGAGCAAAAUUACAUAAUAACUGAAUUAGAGUGUACCACUAUUUAG